AUGUCACCUUCCAAAACCUGGAACCUCUACCGCCGCAACCCCUGGUACUUGAGCUGGCAACAAGAAACCUGGGCCAUGAUUUUCAGCUUAUCCUGCCUGAUAGCCGUCGCAGUAAUAAUGGCCUGGAUAGAUGGAAAACGUCUAUCCAUCUGGCACUGGGCCAUCCAACCCAACGCUGUGAUUUCAGUGUUGAUUGUUUCCAGUAAAGCUGCUUUGAUGAUCAGUACGGCGAGUUGUGUCAGUCAAUUGAAGUGGACGCAUUUUCAAAAGAGACCUAGGCAGUUGCGGGAUUUGGAAGGGUUUGACGAUGCGAGUAGAGGUGCUUGGGGU